UUUACUGAACUCUCAUUCUCUCUCUUCGUCAUUGCUGAAUCCCUGAGCUCUUCUCUGUAUCUCUGUCUCUCACAUUUCUUUCUUUCUUUCUUUCUUUCUGUGCUUUUCUUUUCUCAUUCUUUUUUUUUUCUCGUCUCAUUUGUCCCACACUCACUUCCUCUUUACUCAUUAUACUAAUAAUCACCUUUUUUUCAUUUUUUUUUCAUUUUAUUGCGGUUUUUUGUAAAAAAAAAAAAACUUAUUGUUGGAUCCUAAGUUUCGGAUACCGCGAAUUCUCGAACCCUAGGAGUUUAUUCUACGAAUUGAUGUCAAUUUAACACUGUGAUCUCAAAUUUCGUAUAUUUUAAGGAGUGGUUAUGAUUUUCGCAAUUCUUGGAGAUUUGGGAUAAUUUUGGAACAAAGAGUAUAAAAUAGGAAAUUAUUAGUUUUUAAGGGGUUUUAGUGCUUCAGAUGAACUGUUGAAGGCGAUUGGCACAAAUUUGACAUGAGAAGCGGUUGGUAUAAUAACUUGUCGCUCAUAUUUGGUGUUAAAAUUCGCCAUAAUUGGUUUCUAUUGUGCUUUAUUUGUAUCCUUGCAUUAGUUGCUCUAUUAAGUUCAUCUUCAACAUCUAACCGAGAAUUUGAUUCGUUAGUACCCCCUAGAUUGCCCAAUGUUUACACUAACUAUAGGAAGUUGAAGGAACAAUCGGUGAUAGAUUAUUUCGACUUGAGGUUUUUAACGUCGGUUACUAAUUCUAGGCUUAAGGAGCUUCCACUUUGUUGGAAGGAGAGAGAGAAUUAUGUUCCUUGUUAUAAUGUGAGUGCCAAUUUGGAGAUAGAGUUGAAGGAUGGGGAGGAGUUUGAUCGGCAUUGCGAGUUGUUGCGGAAUGAAGAGAAGUGUUUGGUUCGGCCUCCUAAGGAGUAUAAGAUUCCUUUGCGGUGGCCUGCUGGUCGAGAUGUGAUUUGGAGUGGGAAUGUGAAGAUCACUAAAGACCAGUUUCUUUCGUCUGGAAGCAUGACUAAGAGGAUGAUGUUAUUGGAAGAGAAUCAAAUUGCUUUCCACAAUGAUGACGGGUUGAUUUUCGAUGGUGUGAAAGAUUAUACUCGUCAACUUGCUGAGUCUAUAGGGCUGGGCAGUGACUCAGACUUCCUUCAAGCUGGUGUACAAAAUGUUCUUGACAUUGGCUGCGGUUUUGGAAGCUUUGGUGCCCAUUUAGUGUCAUUAAAAUUGCUGCCUGUUUGUAUUGCUGCGUAUGAGGUGACGGGCAGCCAAGUCCAGUUGGCCCUUGAGAGAGGUCUUCCAGCUAUGCUUGGGAAUUUUAUAUCCAGGCAACUUCCCUAUCCAUCAUUGUCUUUUGACAUGGUUCACUGUGCUCAAUGUGGAAUUGAUUGGGAUGGAAAAGAUGGAAUGUUCAUUAUUGAAGUGGAUCGGUUGCUUAGACCUGGAGGUUACUUUGUUUUAACCUCACCUGUAAUCAGACCACAAGGAAGCUUGUUGGCAAUAAAGAAAGGCAACAUGUUAACUCCAGUUGAAGAUUUCACCCAAAGAAUUUGCUGGAGUCUUCUGGACCAGCAAGAUGAAACUUUUAUCUGGCAGAAAACUGCUGAUGGUCAUUGCUAUACAACCAGGAGUCAGGGGUUGCCUCUUUGUCAGGAUGAGCAUGAAAGUCAAUCAUACUAUGGUCCCCUUGUCAAAUGCAUCAGCGGGACGCACAGUAAAAGAUGGAUGCCCCUUCGUAACAGGUGCAAUGGUUCUCAGUUGACCUUGGAAGAACUUGAAGUUCAUGGAAAGUAUUACUCCAUUUAUGCAGGUGUUCAGCAUGGAGAAUUUUAUGAAGAGAGGGAAAUUUGGAAAUCUUCACUCAGAAAUUAUUGGUCAUUGAUUACCCCCUUGAUAUUUUCUGACCAUCCAAAACGGCCUGGUGAUGAAGAUCCAUUACCUCCAUAUAACAUGGUACGCAAUGUGAUGGAUAUGAAUGCUUAUUACGGGGGUUUUAAUGCUGCUUUAGUUGAUGGGAAGAAAUCAGCAUGGGUCAUGAAUGUAGUUCCUGUGGGGACUCGCAACACACUUCCUCUUAUACUUGAUCAAGGUUUUGCUGGUGUUCUGCAUGACUGGUGUGAGCCUUUCCCCACAUAUCCUCGGUCCUAUGACAUGCUCCAUGCCAGUGGGCUGUUCUCCUUUCUUAGUUUAGAGAAAUGUAGUAUGAUGGACUUGUUUCUGGAAAUGGAUAGAAUUCUACGGCCUGAGGGCUGGGUCAUUCUUUCUGACAAUGUUGGAGCCAUAGAAAUGGCACGCAUGCAUGCCACUCAGAUCCGCUGGGAAGCCAGGGUGAUCGAUCCACAAAAUGGAAGUGAUGAGAGGAUACUUGUUUGUCAAAAACCAUUCUUAAGAAAAUAAUCAUUUUAUCACUUAGAAUUUCAUACUGCAAGGACCUCUGAUAUGGCAACUCUGGGCAGAGUUUACAUGAAUACAUACAUACAUAUACACAAGCUGAUUGGGUUAUUGACGAAUCGGGUAUCCUCGUCCUUAACUAUCGACAGGUUGAAGUUGUAGAUUAGAAGAACACAUAUUUAUUGCAGAAAAUAGCUGCAAAUUGUUUUUUGUUCAUGCAUUUGUAGCAAUCCAUUCAUUUUUUUCUAUUUUCUUUUUUUUUUUUUUAUAUAUAUAUAUUUUUUAUUUUUAUCAAACCACAAGGUAUUGUUCCUUUUUCUUUCUUUUUCUUUUCAUUUAUUUUUUCUUGUUAUGGUAUUGAUCUUAUGAAUUACUAUCUUACCAAAGAAGGUAUAGUAACCUCGAAAUGUAACUAAUGACAUCUUUUCUAAUGAUUGAAAGAGUGAAGCUGUCUCAUUUCUUAUCAUUUCAAUCCUUGCUCAUUCAGGGAAAGUCCUAUUGAUCCUUUUUUUCCUUUAAAACAGAUUAUUGUAUGAGACAAUCUCACUCAGGGAUGCGUCUCAUACAUAGAUUAAAUAACUCGAUUUAUACAUAUUAUGAGAUUAUAGAUACUGUUUGAGGUCGUUUUUUCGAGAGAUGGUCUCUUACAAGAGUUGUUUUAUGUUGUGUAAUACUGAUUAUUGUAUUAAAGCAGUGUAGUUGUAUCUGUUCAAGCUCUCUCAGAAAUACAAACCAAUAAAUAGACCUAUCAAAUUGAUUGGUAGGGUUUGACCUGACAGGUUAUAGAUUAUUACUCACUCCAAUUCACGCUAA